AUGCGCAUCAACGGCUACAACCACCACCACCACCACGACUUCCACCACCUCGUGUGCCGCCGCAUCUCUCCCUCUCAGCUCUUCGCCGCCGCCGUCGGGCCCCGCCGAUCGAUGGCCAUGGCGGCCGCCGCCGCCGCUCCCUCCGCGGGCACCGCCGGCGGCAGCACCGGCCGCCGCGGCGGUGCUUACACGACGAUCAGGGAGAGAGUCGCGUUGGAGAGAGAGACCAAGAAGAGCAAAUUCAUCGCGAUCGCCGGCCCCGUCUCCGACGAGCAGUCCGCCUUCUCGUUUCUCUCCCAGGUUAGGGAUCCGCGGGCGACUCAUAAUUGUUGGGCUUAUAAGGUGGGAGAUCAAUUUCGGUCUAAUGACGACGGAGAACCGUCGGGUACUGCUGGAAAACCUAUUUACUCUGCGAUUGAAUCUUCGGGGAUCGAUAGAGUGAUGGUUGUAGUUAUAAGGCACUUUGGAGGUAUUAAGCUAGGUACCGGAGGGCUGGUGAGAGCAUACGGUGGAGUGGCAUCAGAGUGCUUAAAGAAUGCCCCGACUUGUCUGGUGAAAUCUAAAGUUCCGAUGGGUGUGGAGAUUCCUUAUGAGCUAUUGGGAGUUCUAUAUCAUCAGUUACAAGCUUUCCAUGCUGAGGACAUCAAGCAGGACUAUGAGACUGGUAAAGACGUUACUACCAUGGUUACCUUCAAGGUUGAUUACGACCGGAUGGAGAAAUUGGAAGAAGCUAUCAAAGCACAUUGCGGACGGGACAUUCCGUUGUAUAAAUCCUGACUGACUCUUGCUCAUCUAUCUUUUGUGAGGACGGUCUUGCCCGUGCGUCUGAUCCUGUGAUGUCAGGAUGCUGGUAAAUAAUAGGUGGGUAGAUGUCCUCUUGAUCAUAUGGUUACCGAGACAGUGGCCUGUUGUCGAUCUUGCUUGACAUGCCAAGUUGAGGAAUUCUCAAGGGAUCGAUUUGCUUGCAACGUGGAGUCCUUCCGGAGGAGAUUCCGAUGGAUUA